CGCCUUCAACGGCUCUUGGCUCUCAGAUCACGAGCUGGUGUACCGGGACAUGUGGGGCGGCCUCUCCGUGCUCGACUGCGAGAGUCUGGCCACUCGCACACUGGUCAGCAACGUCACCUUCAGGCAGCAUAAUGUGCGGCAUUUCUGGGUCUCAUCUGACCAGCAGUACGUCCUCCUGGCCCACAACAUCCGCCAGAAGUUUCGCCACUCGUACAUUGCCCAGUACACCGUCUACGACAUCGCCCGAGGGUUCUCGACGCCGCUGACGCCGACGCCCGAGGACCGCGGCCACCCGACACUUAACUACGCCGCCUGGGUGCCCACCAACAACGUGACCCGCGGGCGCGGCAACGCGCUGGUCAUGGUGCACAAGAACGACAUCUACUACAAGGCGUCGGCCGGCGCUGAGCCGGUGGAGCGCGUCACCGCCUCCGGCAAGCCCGGCGUCGUGUUCAACGGCGUGCCCGACUGGCUCUACGAAGAGCCUCAGCUAGUGCUGGAGCUAACCAUCGGACGCCAAGUGGAUACGGAGCCUCAGCUAAUGCUGGUGCUGACCAUCGGACGCCAGCGACUGCGGGACCCCAGCUAA